CAUUUAAAAAAACACAAAAACAAAAUAAAUUUGAAAACUACAUAAAUUACCCCGCUGCUCUUUCCUUCGUCUUCUUCCUUUUUCUCAUCUCGAUUUCUCAAGCCAAAUCAGAUUAAACAACCCACCCCUAAAACGCACGCGUUUCGUAGUUGAUUGUACUCUCCGAUCCAUCCUUACUAUAUCUCGAUUUCCCAAGAUUUUCAAGUAUCUGAAGCACUCACCACUGCUUAUCUUUUUCAAUGGCGUUUUAAGGCCACUCCACUCGUUGACCUUUUGACUUGGUUUUCCAAGUAUCGGGAUCUGAUGUCAUAUAGGUAACUUUGACCGAUGAAUCGGCGAUUCCUUUUGGUACUACUGUCCUCGGUUUCCACCGCCGUAUUAUUCCUCUUCCUCAUCGUGCAAUUUCCAGGUGAGAGUGGUUCAUUCGGGUUGAAGUUGAUGGGACUGAGGAUCAAGCAAGGAAACAACACAUUUUCUGCACUACAUCGCAAGCUUCUUCAUGGGACAACAAUGAAGGAACCGAACCGACUUCCAGGGGAGAAGUGUACCAAGGCAGAUAUAGUGAUCAACCAGGGAGCCACUCGGCCACUCCCCACUGGCAUCCCGACCUACACCGUCGAGAUCAUGAACAUCUGCGUUACCGGCUGCGACAUCUCUGGAAUUCACUUAAACUGCGGCUGGUUUAGCUCCGCCCGUCUCAUCAACCCCAAAACGUUCAGACGCCUUCGCUACAACGACUGCCUCGUGAACGACGGGAAACCAUUGAUCAAUGGUGGAACAGUCUCCUUUCAAUACGCCAACACCUUCCUUUACCCUCUUUCUGUCUCCCGCGUCAUUUGUUCUUAACCGUAAAGAUUCAAGAGCUCAACCUAUACAUGUUGAUAUCUCUCUCUAUAUAAUCCCACUUUAAAGCAAGAAUAGGUUAGUGAUUAGUUUACAAUACUGGAUUUUCAUACCUUUAGUAUACGUAUAGACCCUUGUGAGCUCAUCCAUUUAGUUUAAUUUGGAGAAUAUGCUUUUGAACUUGGGUGUAAAUACGAGGUAUGAAUCCGAUAUGAAUGUCUAUUUGGAGGUACUGAUUUUGAGAUUUGAUACUAUACCGUAAAAGUGUUUGAACUGGUUUUGUAGUGAAGAUCUACCAUGAAUAUUGGUUGUUGCUGUUCGUGAGUGUGUAUA